AUGUCCCCGACAGCGACAAUAAGCAAGUUUCAACAACACUUCACCAAGAAUCCUAUAGGAGAAUGCCAACUCCAAGAGAAAAUAACCAACGAAGAGUACAAGAUUUGGAAGAAAACCGUUCCUUUAUUAUAUCAAACCAUCCAACUAAAGAUCUUGCCUUAUUCUUCACCAGUAUUCGAAUGGCUCAGUAAUGGUGUUACUUAUGACGCGUCAAAAAACCAUGUUCUGGCAAAAUUUCUUCUUGCAAAAAACUCCCCAUCAAAUGAUGAAUAUGUUGGAAUGUUCCAGCUCGGCGAAGUGGAACUACCGGCAACCUUGGCCAGCCAUACAAAACAUAGUGUUCCUAUUCCAUCAGGCCCUCCAGACCAUAGCAAAUUAAGAAUUUCUAAUGAAUGGAAACACGAUGACUUGAUUGAAAUAAUAAGGAUCAAUCCAAAGUCAAGAAAACUCGCGACAUUUGGCGCUAGCUCCGGCGAUAUAUCAAUCUAUGAUUUCUUGGUCGAUUCCUCAUCAUCUUCCAACAACCCAAUAAAACUAAAAUAUCAUAAGAAACCAGGAACUGCAUUGGAAUGGAAACCUUCUGAUCAAAACGUAUUAAUCAGUGGUUCUAGAGACGCUACUAUUGCCCUUUGGGAUAUCUCAUCGUCCUCGGCGGCGGCACCAGUCAGCACCAUCACAUCAACUUCCCCCAUCACCGAUCUUUCAUGGAACCAUCACUACCCACACAUAUUUGCUGCCAGCUCUCAAUCCCCAGAUCUCGAAGUCUACGAUAUCAACAACCCAUCUACCCCAAUAUACCACAUCCCUAAUGCCCAUAAGAGCAAUUGUUACGUCACCUCGGUAGAAUUCCAUUCAUCGAUAUCUACCAUGCUAGCAACCGGCGGGACAGACAACGUUAUCAACUUAUGGGAUUUGCGAUACUGUGGUCGCCCGUUCCGCACGCUUUUUGGACCGGCCGAUUCGAUUUCUCAACUUAAAUUUCAUCCGAAUAAUGCCAAUAUAUUGACCUCGGUAUCUGAUGACCGUAGGGUGUAUAUAUGGGAUAUGAACGAAAUAUCAGCUGGCGACUAUGACGAAGAGAUCAGAAGAGAUAUUGGUGAAGAAGGAGAAGACCCUUGCUUGAAAUUCAUACACGGGGGCCACACUGGGAAGAUCAACGAUAUCAGUAUUAGCAGUGAGUUGGUGGAUGUUUACGGAAGCGUGGGAGAAGAUGGGCUGGUGGAGGUUUGGAAACCUUUCUACGUUGAGCAAGAAGAGGAUAACUACAAUGAUAGUGAUGAUUUUAAGGAAAUUAAUGAAAAUAAAGAGGAAGAAAAUAAUGAUGAUAAAGAGGAGGAAAAGGAGCAAAACAACGGAAAUGAAGAGGCUGGUGGCGAUCAUAAAGAAAAGGCAGAUGGAGACAAAGAAAAUGAUGAUCAGAUUCCUGAAGUACAAGAACCUAAACCAGACCAUCCGACCCCAGAAAAAGAAUUGGAUCAACAAAUGAAUGAAAACCAUCAAGGCAAUAAGCAGAUAGAAACAGAUGAUAUCAAGGAUCAGUAA